AGUAGUGUAAUUUUCGGCCAUCACAAAGAAGAGAGAAGAAAAUUAUAUUUUGUGUUCAAAGUUAUUUUUCUAAAGUGUUAGAAAUAUACACAAAAUAUUAUAAACAAAUAUUUAUAAGAUAAAUAUUUUACUAUAUAUUUAUUACUCCCAAAGUAGUAUUAUUAUAGUUUUUACUAUCCUAUAUUAAACUUGCUAGCACAAGUUUAAUCUUGGACUCCGGAGCAAGUUCGUGUGGAUACGUUGGAGGCUUCAUACGUUUGGCGCUACGUUCAUCUCCUCAAAACCAUCCCCGACCGUUCCUCCGUUCUCCGUUUUCACCGUUAAGACCCUAUCCUGUCAUGGCAAGGGUGGGCCCUGUUGCUUACCAGCUGGAACUACCCCCUGAGUUGAGCAGAAUCCAUAAUGUGUUCCAUAUUCUAGCACGGGAAGUGAAGGAGUUGAGGAACAAAAGGGUGUCUUUGGUCAAAUUCUUGUGGCGUAACCAUGUUGUUGAAGAAGCUACGUGGGAGAUUGAGGAGUCUAUGAGAGUUCAGUAUCCCCAUCUUUUCAGCAAUAAUGGUUCAGGGCUCGCUGUUCUAAACCCGACCACGCAAACAGAUCGUGAAUCGGACUUAAUGGGCCCAAGAUAUGACUCAUGAAUAAGUGUAAUUUGGACCCUAAAAUCUAUUUAAUUAUAUAUUAAUAGCCACGGAGUUACAAAGAAAGGUAUGACCAUCUCCUUCCCCGUCCUUUUUCUCCUUCGUUCAUUUCCCCUGCUCAGUAUGUUCCCUCGUCAGGUGACUCCACAUCGGCACCAGCGACCUCCAUCCCAAGGAAAGCAACGCCCACCGCCAUCUCUCUCUCACUCCUUCCCCCUCGCACUGGCGUGCGCGAGCCGUGAGGUGGUCCGACGAGGGCAUCGGCAAUUCCCCCCUCUUCGAUCCAAGUUUUCUUCGAUUACCGAGUUGAUUCGUUGCCCAAAUACCUAUUGUUAGCGUUAAUUCGUAGAUUAGGAUCUUAUUUGUAUUAAUCUUUCAAUUGAUUGUGAAAUUGUGUGAAUUGAUUGCUAGGACUAUUGAUUUGAAUGUUGUAUUGGAUGUGGGUUGUGUUGGGGAUGGAUUUCGAGGUCGGAUUCUGGCGAGUCACGGCAGUGGACUGUUGGAAGUGGCUACUGACGGGCUAGACAGGUUCAAUUUGGACCCAAUUGGUCCAAUUGGGUCAAUUCGUGUCCAAUUGGGUUAGUUCUUGUGCAAUCAGGUUGGUGCUGGUCCAAUUGGGUUGAUUUUGAUUCAAUUGGAUGCGAUUGGGCUGUUUGGGUUGUUUGGGCCGGCUGGUUGGGCUGUUUGGGCCGGCAGUGUUGUUUGUCCCAAUGGGCAGUGGGUUUGGGUCUACGGGGUCGGUCUGGCGGGUUGUCGGGCUGAUCCGGUGGUGAAUGGUGCUGUUCCGACGGGUGCAGCGGGCCUAAGGAUGGAGUCCUUAGUCUCGAGUUCGCGACACAGGUAAGUUAUUUAAGUAUUGUUGGGUUUAAUCUUGUUGUUUGAGCAUGACGGUAAUCGGUGAGAAGUGAUUCUUUCGAUAGGCCGCUGAAUGUAUUGUUCGGUUUAUGGUAAUGUUUAUGAGCUUAUUGUCGCUUUGUGAACUCUAUUCCAAAUUUGCCACCUAGUAUACCUAGGCGGAUCUGAACUGAAUUGGAUAGCUUAAUCACUAAUAAGACUGUUGUUAGGUUCGAGCCUUGUGGAGCAUGUUUGCAUAUCCAGUGGUCUAGGGUUCAAAACGUACAUACAGGAGUCACUGUCCUACCUAAGGGAUUCCUUGGUAGGGACUCCAACCCGCCCACUGAAGAUUCUCUUUGGGUUUGUCCGAGCAUCGGCCUCGAGGGAUUCCCUCAAGUGUUCGUAUCUCUAGUCUGUUGAAUUAGGCCUUAGUGGUGUAUGUUCUGUAUUAGUCCAUUCUGAGUAGAUGAGAUGGAACAGUUGAAUUCUUGUACCUGAAAAUAAAUGUUGAUUAUUCAC